AUGGCUCACAGAAAAAGCGAUAGCAAACAUGCAAUAGGAUCGUAUGGUAAAGCACUACGUUCAAGUUGUAGAUACUGUAGAAGGAGAAAGAUAAAAUGCGAUUCAAAUAAUCCAUGUGGAACACGUACAACAAAAAAGAUCGAUUGCGUUCAUGAUCAAAAGUCUCAAAUGGGAAGGCCACGUAAAGGCGAGGAGGAAAUCGAUCAAGAUGCACAAGCAUGUAUCAGUGUAGGAUCCAUACUGGACUCAGCAUUCGAAGACACAUUCGGUGGAAAGGUACCCAGUACAGCAUUUAGCGCUGCUGUACAAGGCUACGUAAGGGAACAUGGCGAAUCUUUGGUGAUUGAUGCUCAAGCAAGAGCACAGCAAAAGAUAUGCUCACCUGAUGUAUAUGAAGUUCUCUAUCCGAUGAUCUUCAAAGAUGUUUUGGAUGGUUGUAGAUGGCAUUUCAGUUCUAUGGAUACGAACAAAGAAGCAAGACGGCCGGCAUACUUUCCCGUGGGUUUGCAAUGCGAUGCUUCUCAAUCAAUGAUACCCCUCUGCUCGGAUGCAUUCACCGAAGUAGAAGAGGACGACUUGCGAUAUUUGUAUAAGAUUUGGAGCCAGGUCCACCCUCUAUCUGCCGGGAUUUCAUUCUCGUCUCUUCUGGGAGAGCAAGGAAAAGCUCUUCGACACCUAAUCAUCUGUGAAGCUAGACAACUGGAAGGUGAUUAUCCCGAAUCAGAAGCUCAUUUUGGCUAUGCAUCUAGCCAGUAUCGUAAAGUGCAGAUUCCAGUCUUUGACAAUGAAGCUCAAUUGGCUGGAACAGCGCAUACACUGAUCUCAGCCUGUCAAGCAGCUUUGCUUUUUGGAUGGCGGGAAUUCUCUUCAGCUCGUUCCAAGCGUGGUGCCGCAUACAUGGCAGCUUCUGGGCAGCUGCUCGGUCGACUUCAAAGUCUCUGUAAUCGGAUGGAGAUGAGCGCAGAACAAUUGUCGGUCAUCAAAUCCCUUUCAAGUACAUUUUCAUUCAUGACUCUUUGGGCAUUUUCACAAUUGGAUCGAUCAACAGGGAAUUUGGGAGCUGGAUGGCUCGGAUUUGAGGUGAAUGCUACUCGAUCUGAUGAAGUGAUCAUCACAGAUGCGGUCACACGGUUGUGUAGCACACUACUCAAUAAUCACCCACGUAUCCUUUCCAGCACCCACGGAACUGCAAGUGGUCUUGAUGGCGAGAACAUGAUGCAAUACACUCAAGCUGUAGCAAUGCAGCUUUAUACUCACAUUGCCUCAGCCAAACUUGCCGAGAAUGGUGAGCUUACAGAUGAAUCGUCGGAGAGGACCAAACAAUUGCUCGAAGGCGUACGAUGGUGCAUCUGCUUGAUUCUGCUGUCAGCAGGACAGGAGGGAUUUCUGCCGUUGCCCGAGGUCGGACAAGAACUUCUCAAGAUAUCGCAACGAUGA